GGCUGGAGCGGUCACAGUGCGAUAAGGACAGCAGAGGGAAGUGAUGAGAAGAUUGAGGGUGCUUUGUACGAAUCGCAGAACUAGAACACUAGGCACGUGACACGCGUGCCUUCCCUUUCUGGCGGAGUCCAGCCUUCUGUAUGGCGGGAGGGGCAGCCGGGGCUGUCGACGCCCGACAUCCGACGUGCCGGAGAACGGCCAAGCGUCUACCGUGGCUCCCGCGAGACAACCUUUCCCCAUCCGGCAUUUCUGUCAUCACCUUGAUUUCAAACCAAAAGGCCGUGCCAGGGCAAUCGCAAAUCGCAGGCAUGGGAUUCUAUCGUAUACAUCCAGGCAGCUCCCAGGAGCAUAAAUACCUCGUGGUUGCGGUUCUCGAUGGCUAUAGCAGGCGCAAACAAGCGAUUUAUCACUGUGUCAAUAACUCGAUAUGCCAUCCUACGUCGUGACUGGAGCCUCGAGAGGCAUUGGCUGGGAAUUCCUCCGUCAGCUUUCCAGCAAUCCCAACAAUACCGUGAUUGGCCUCGUUCGGGACAAGUCUGCUACUCAGACGAGGGUGUUGGAAGAAUUACGAGGGCCGUCCAACAUCUAUAUCUUGCAGGGGGACCUUACCGACUAUGUCUCUCUCAAAAAUGCCGCCGCAGACACGGCGCAGAUUACUGGCGGGGGGCUCGACUACCUCAUAGCCAAUGCCGGUCUCGUAUCUCUGUUCGAUGCAUAUGAUCCGAUCGGGGUGCUUGGGCAACGGCCCGAAGCCCUCGAAGCGGAGGCAAUGAAGCUGUUCAACGUCAACGUGGUUGGGAACAUCCACCUCUUCAACCUCUUCGUCCCUUUGGUCCGCCAAGGACAAGGUAAAAAGGUUAUUGCCAUCUCCAGUGGCCACGCCGCACUUGACCUGAUUCCCAAGUUCAGUCUAGAGGUGGGCUCGCUCUAUACCAUUAGCAAGGCGGGCUUGAACAUUGCAGUGGCCAAGUUCAGCGCACAGUAUGCGAAGGAGGGGAUCUUGUUUAUGUCGAUCUGCCCUGGAAUGGUUGAUACGGGACACUAUGCCAACACAACCCCGGAGCAAAUGCAAGGCUUGAUGGGGAUGUUGGACUCGUUCAAGGAGUACGCACCUGAUUUCAAGGGCCCCAGCACCACCCAGGCUGCUGUCAAGGAUGUUCUUUCUGUGAUGGAUAAAGCAACCGUUGAGAAUGGGGAUGGCGGCGACGGAACCCUAUCCGAUCUUAUCGGCCCCGUCUGCCCACGGUGCUCCCGGUCUAAUCCAAUCUGCAAGGAGUAUGGGAUCCCCUACACGACGGGCCGGACCCUUGUUGUCCAGCCGCAUUCCCCUCCACCACCAACGACCGUGACAACGAAUUGUUGCCUCAGCACCCCAGCCAAGCGCGAAGAACGACAACAUUUCACGCCAGUUGAGAACUGCUUGCGCAAUCCCCCAUUGCCCGGUCGCUUGGAGAGUGGUACUCUUCCACUGGAGAUCCUGGAUACCAUUCGUGUAGGGGACUGUCACAGCGCGCAAGUCUUUACCAUCCAGGCCCACAAAGAGCAAGGACUCGUGCCUCACCACCAACCGCUGGUGGCUAAAGUAUACGACCCUCUGUACCUCGACGAUGAUGGGGGAUUGGUUGAUCAAUUCCAUUGCGUGGACAGGUUUUACACGCACGAGGUGCGGGCGUAUCAAACACUGGCAGCGUUUCAAGGAGGACUGAUACCCAGGUUCUACGGAUCGUUUUCCCUGGAUAUUCCUGUUGAAGGAGCAGGGACACGCGCCGUUCGUCUGAUUCUAAUCGAGUACAUACCGGGGUUAUCCAUGCAACAAGCGAACCCGAGCGAGUUCCCACGUCAUGUCCUCCAUCUGGUUUAUGAGAAGGAUAUUCUUCUGACGGACCUCAGUCCUAGGAAUGCCAUGAUGGUGGGGGUCGAUUCUGGGUCGGACAGGGAACUCGUUUUCAUUGAUCUGGCGGAUGCGGUUUUCGGUCGCAUAAGACAGGAUUUAUUGAGAUUUAAGAAAGAGUUGUUCCGGGGUCAAUAUGUCUCCCCGCUGCUACGUUGGAAGACGAAUCGGCCGUAUGAGUUCAACCGACAGUCCCCAAACUCCCCUCCAUCGUCAUCCCCACCUCGCUCUUCCCCCCCUCCCGAUCCCGUGGCGAACCUGCACCAGAACCAGGGAUCUCCGACCGAUCGGUAUCUCCCUGCCCUGCCGCGGCAUGCUCCGCAGCCUGUCAAGAUGACCAGGCUCCGCGGAGCUUCCGUGAGCUCGUACGAAGUUUCGCGUGGUGGCAUCGACAGGCCCCAGUUCCACCGAUCCAAAAUUCCCCCGAAUGCGCCCGACGUGAUCGCGCAAAACACCGUCGACGUCGCCGACCCGGCCCAGGUGCUGUUAUGGUGUCGCGAGGAACGACGUCGCCAGUUUAACCUUCUUGUGCGGAGGUACAAGAAUCAACUCCUCCACGGCUGUCAGGAUCCGGGAUGUCAGACUACAACUUGCGCGAGCUAUCGACGCCGGGUCACCGAGGGACCGUUCCGUCGGUAUACUGAGCUCAGCGCCCGGACGCUGGCGUGCUAUCUGGCCAGCGUUGACAACGCGGAGAACGGUCUUUGUCGCAAUAUCCCCCGCCUUCCUCACGACCUGUCCCAGCAGGAAAAUCGCCGAUCGAAACGACGAAGCCGUGUUUUGCCCCCGACCGAUGCCCCGAAAGAACGCGAGACGGAAGGAGUGGGUCAUAAUGGGGAGGACGUGAUACGGCCAUCGCCGGCUACGAGAGGGUCCUCUGUCCCGGAUGAUGGCAGUAUACAGAUUGCGUCCCCGGGUUUGGGAUUGCAGGAUCAGCCGGUGGCUGCUCCGGAGGAGGCGCCUGGAGCGCAGCGGAUGAGAGACCCAAAAUCAUUCAGCCAGAACCUGUUUGAUACGCUGUCACUCCGGAUGAUUGAGUGGCUACCUCUCCGGCGUCCAACUGCAUUUGGGCCUGAUCCAGAUCGCCUAGAUGCGCGUCUCGAGACCCGAAUACCGAAAACGGAGCCUGAGCAAACGCCGUCGGUGGUGGAUAAACCCAGGCCACAGCUGACCCGGCAACGCACGCCUCAGCAUGGCGCAGCAGGCAGUGCGCCUCACACUCCUUCGUCGCGCAACGCGGUCCAACCGACGGCACUGGAGCUGCGACUCCCGAAUCAGCAGGUCAAACGAGUGUCGCUGACGGAAGUGGAUCAGUGGCGUCAGGGUCCGCGCUCGGGCCUCGAAGAGAAGUCACACACCGAGUUGAAGCCUGCCCGGAAGCUAGCUGUCAAUACACAUGUAAAUGGCGACGAGUUUCGCAAUGUACCGUCUCCGCCCGCCCUGCGGCACCGCCCGCAAAAGCACCGCGGGAGGACUGGGGAUGGGACUGAUGUCCAGCCACAAACACAGAAGAAGGAACGACGGGUGUCAUGGGACGGAGCAAAGUUCCUGAACAAUGUGCAGUUAUCCGACUCUGAGAAGCCGGAGGUUCCCGACGGUCAACUCCGCCUGGAGGCUCAGUCUCCGAGUAGCAGUCAACCGAACCGCAGAAGUUCGAACCAGAAACGGAUGAUCCCAACCAUUCAAUCCGUGAGCCACCUGACAGGCGAUAUAAUCGACGCCUUCGGGCAGAUGCUGGUUCUUUCCGAGGAAGACGCUGAACAAUGGCGGGACGAAUUAGACUACAUGGAAGCGACCGGCAACUUCGAAGACUCGGAAGGUCGCUUCGCAUCGUCCCGACAGCGCCUGGUGUUCACCUUUGUUGCGCAAAGUGUAUUCUACGCGUUGAGCAACACCAGGCAAGUUUUGCACUCGUUUCGCCGAACGGCUGGACCGUCUGAAACAAGUCAGGACAGCAGACUUGACGUCCAGCAGCUGCAACCAUCCUUCCGCAUGCUGUAUCGUAUUUGCCCACGGGAUAUCAUCUUUCACAGCCUCUGGAGCGCGGCUGAAACACUGUUUGUCCCGCCCAAGGAACUCUCCAUGUCAGGCAGGCGAUCGCGCCGUUCAUCCCACAACUCUGCCGCCGUUUCCACCACGCCCAUCAUCCGUCGUUCCGACUCGGAGGGCAAUGAGCACUUUAGUGAUGCCAAGGCAGCUGACGUUGCCACGGUUGCUAUUUUUGCCCUGACCAGUUCUCUUUCGGAGGUCCUGGACGUGCCGACCUGGCGAGCCAUGUUGAAGAUGCGUGCGGCGGGAGGCGUGGCUUCCAGCGCAAACUUGCAAAGGCUGCCGGUGCCCCGGGCACGACUGAUUAUAGGAAUUACUGAUACCCUCGAGCAUGAGCUUUCCCUGCGGCUUCUCGACCGCCUGGUGCGUGCUCUUACGGCACGACUGGCGUUCCAUGAAAUCUCCAAGGCGCGACAGGUGUACUCCCGAGACCCCCCGAAGCAGCGCAAAAAUGGCGUUCUUGACAUUAUUGUGAAUAAUCUCAGCGAGCAGCAUAGCGCAGCAGCCGCUACCAACGACCCAGACGACCCCGUUCCGGGUGCUCCCGCCCUCAUCGCCGAAUGGCUCCGGACUCUAUUCCUCCGGGAAUGGGACGGGAACCCGGAGUUGUCGAAGAGCAGCUCAGCUGGGGGAGCCGUGCAAAUUCUCUCCUUGUUGUACACAGAGCGCAGCCGUCUGGGACUGGUGCCCGAAGACUUCCAGACGCCGUUCCUUGCAGACCGGCUGGAGCCGCUGGAUAUGCCCGUGCAAUGGAUCGGAAGCAUCCCCAAUAACAAGACGAUGCAUCUCCUCUCCUACCCGUUCCUCUUCCCCCCGUCGGCGCUGGUGAUCUACUUUCGGGCUCUGAACUACGCCGCCAUGUCCAAGCACUACGAGGCCGCGAUGACUACGACAAGGCACGUGACGCAGACGGGCUUCGGGCCCAUCCAAAUCCAGGACGACGUCGGCCUUUUGGAUCACAUGAAGACAUCGAUGUCUACCUACCUGGUGCUUGUCGUCCGCCGGGACAGUAUCCUCAAGGAUGCGCUCAACCAGCUCUGGCGGCGCGAGAGACGGGAGCUUAUGCGACCUCUGAAGGUGCAGAUGGGGAUGAAUGAGGGCGAAGAGGGUCUCGACCACGGUGGUGUCCAACAGGAGUUCUUCCGAGUGUUGAUGGCAGAGGCACUGGACACGUCCUACGGGAUGUUCACAACGGACGGGCGGACGCGCAUGUCGUGGUUCCAGCCCUGCUCGUGGGAGCCAUUGUACAAGUUUGAGCUGCUCGGACUGCUGAUGUCUCUUGCUGUCUACAACGGGCUCACUCUCCCGGUGACCUUCCCCACGGCGUUUUACCGCAAGCUUCUCGGACUCAAAGUCAAGCAUCUGGAUCAUAUCCGGGAUGGCUGGCCGGAGCUGAGUAAGGGUCUGGAGGAUCUCCUCGCGUGGGAGGAGGGAGACGUGGGCGACAUUUUUAUGCGAACCUACGAGUUCAGCUUCGAGGCCUUCGGGUCUGUGGAGACGGUCGACAUGCAGAAAGUCGACAAAGACUCGCCAUGGCCGACGCCGUCCACGCCCGUUCGCGGCGCCAGCGGGUCGCGGUCCCUGGGGUACUCGCCGCCCUGGUCGGAGGUGCGCCGCUACACGGACCACGUCGACCUCAGCCCGCCAUCGUCGAUGGCCGCCGAGACCGCGGGUUCCUUCGGGGACAUCACCAAAGCGCCCGACCCGUUGGCGCCGGUCCAGUCCCCGACCCCGCCGGCCGACGAAGCGUGCAUGGUGACCAACAGCAACCGUGCGCAGUUCGUGAAGGACUACAUCUUCUGGCUCACGAACAAGUCGAUCGCCCCGCAAUUCGAGGCGUUCACCAAGGGGUUCUACACAUGCCUGGACCGGUCGGCGCUCUCGAUCUUCACCCCGGAGGCGCUGAAGACGGUGGUAGAGGGCAUCCCGACGAUCGACAUCCGCGAGCUGGAGCGACACACGCGGUACGAGGGCGGGUUCAGCCCGAGCCACCAGGUGAUCCGGAACUUCUGGAGCAUUGCCCGGCGGUAUCCCACGGAGAAGCUGGCGCAGCUGCUGGAGUUCGUGACGGCCAGCGACCGGGUGCCGGUCAACGGGAUCGCGAGCAUCAUGUUUGUGAUCCAGAAGAACGGAGUGGGGGAUGCUCGCCUUCCCACGAGUCUGACGUGUUUCGGCCGGCUGCUUUUGCCGGAGUAUUCGUCGAAGGGGGUAUUGGAGGAGAAGCUGAACAAGGCGUUGGAGAACGCCCGGGGUUUGGCGUUGCGUGAUUUUGGAUCGGGGAUUGGAUCGGAUUGGAUUUGUGGACAUACCCUGCUGUAUAUGCAUUCUCAUACCCGUGGAUAG